AGCACUACUAAUUUCUAAAGCAUUGUUUCUUACAAACAUUAUUUUUAACAAUAUGGCGACUUUCAAAAAUUUGGUUUUGCUGGGCAUCGUAUGUUCUUUUUUCGUUGUUACAUCUGCAAUUACUGAUGAAGAAGCCAUGGAGGUAAUGACUUUUCUAACAUCUUUUGGAUAUUUAAAUUUUAAUAAUAUUAUGGGGCCAUCAGAAAUUAAAUCGAGUAAAGCAGUAGAGAGAGCAGUCACAAAUUUCCAGAAAUUUUAUAAUAUAACUGUUACUGGUAAGAUGGAUUCCAAAACUUUAGAGGCCAUGAAGAAGCCCCGAUGUGGCGUUCCAGAUCCUACGAUGCCAAAUGAAAACGGAACUGCUCUUGGUGGCCGACUCGCUAAGAGGUAUGCGCUUACAGGAGGUAGAUGGGAAUCCAGCACGGUUACAUACAGAAUCUUAAACUACCCGAGAAACGCAGCGACACGUGAGAGAAUAUCGGAUUCCGAAGUAAAUGCGAUCAUUCAUAGAGCUUUCAAAAUGUGGAGUGACUAUAUUCCUUUAACGUUCCAAGAAACCACCGGUUAUGCGGAUAUUUACCUGAGCUUUGUUUCGUAUUAUCACGGCGAUUAUCGCCCUUUUGAUGGGACCGGUAACGCCAUUGCUCACGCCUACUUCCCUGGAACUUUUCUUGAUGGAGAUAUCCAUUUUGACGAUUCGGAAAGGUUCACUCAGAACACUCAAAACUUCAAUCUACUUCAUAUUGCCGCCCAUGAGAUUGGACACUCACUCGGAUUAUUGCAUACGAACGUCUAUGGCGCACUUAUGUAUCCUGUUUUCACGGGCUAUCAACCCUCAUUGCUCUUGCACAGUGAUGACAUAAGAGGAAUCCAAGCCGUAUAUGGUUCCCGAACGAAUCCGAACCCAGGUGGCCCGAGACCUACUUACACAUCGAGUGAUGUCGAAGGAUGUAAUAAAAUAUUCACUGCAGUCGGUUAUCUUAGAGGAGAAAUAUUUGCAUUCCAGAAAGGUAGAUACUGGAGAAUUCAACGACCAGGUGUGCUUGUCACCGAUAUUGACGGUGAUCUAAAUACACACUUCUGGUACGGUUUACCAGAUGACGUAGAUGCUGGUUAUGAGAGAUGGCUCGACAGCACAAUAAUUUUCUUUAAAGGUGAAAAUUACUAUCUGUUCAAUGGAAACCACCUGAUGCAAGGACCCUUACCGAUAUCAGAAUUCACUGUCCCUUCUUCUAAUGAGUCACUCCCCAACAACAUCGACACCGUCUUGACGUUCGGGGAAUACUAUAAAACGUACUUCUUUAAAGAUGAUUUGGUGUGGCGCUACGACGAAAAGAAGCGACAAAUAGACCCUGGGUACCCACGCCCUAUCUCUGAGGUUUUUAAGGGAAUUCCUAGUGACUUAUCAGCGGCCUUCAGAUAUAAAGACGGUCAUACAUACUUUUUGAAAGGAAAGGAAUACUAUCGAUACAAUAAUUUGCGACAAGAGGCUGACAAGGCGGGCUUUCCUCGCUUAUUUGGUGUCGAUUUUCUGGCCUGCAACACAGCGGAAUACAGAGAGAACACCGCAGAGAACACCGGAACGGCUGCCGUUACUAUUUUAAUGAUAAGGCUUUGA